AUGUCAACGGCAAGAGUAUGGCGACCCGCGAGGGCUUUGGUGCAACGUCGGUCCUUUUCCACUACACCGCGGGCACUGGAUAACUAUGCCUUCAUUGGGCUUGGGCGGAUGGGAUACCAAAUGGCACGAAACCUCCAGUCCAAACUUCCACCAGGCGACACCAUUCGGCUGUACGAUAUCAACCGGAGCGCAGCUGAAAAGCUCGUCGAGGAAAUGAAGACGCAACAAGCCGGUGGUGCUGCCCCAGAGGUGUCUACCAGCGUCUCAGACGCUGCGAAGGAAGCAGAUGUCGUCAUCUCUUGUCUUCCCGAGCCACAACAUGUCCGAUCAACGUAUGAGGCGUUGCUGAAGGACAUUGCGGAUCUCCCACCUCGUCCGCAACCUCGACUCUUCAUUGACUCGUCAACGAUUGACCCACACACGUCGUCCACAGUAUGCCAAUUGGUGGAAGACAAGCUCCCUGGGCAGGGUCACUUUGUUGAUGCCCCCAUGUCAGGCGGGGUUGUCGGCGCCACAGCUGGCACAUUGACGUUCAUGCUGGGCUCUGACAAGUCGCUGGUCGGCCGCCUUGAGCCCAUUUUGCUUCGUAUGGGGAAACGAGUGCUUCAUUGCGGUCCGCAAACCGCUGGUCUCGCAGCCAAGCUGGCCAACAACCUUUUGCUGGGGAUACAGAACAUCGGUACGGCGGAGGCUAUGCUGUUGGGUGUCAAGCUCGGUCUUGACCCCAAGGUACUGGCAGAUGUCAUCAAUGCUAGCACUGGAAAGUGCUGGGCAAGUGAGGUCAACAAUCCUGUACCGGGCGUAGUUCCAACAGCCCCGGCAAGUCGUGGCUACGAAGGCGGGUUUGGCAUCGAGCUCAUGUUGAAAGAUAUGAAACUUGCUCAAGAUGCUGCCCGGAGGAUAGACCUUCAGCAAACCAUGGCUACCAAGGCUCUUGAUCUGUAUGAAAGGGCUUCCAAGGAUGCCGAAUGCAAGGGUCGAGAUUUCUCGGUUGUCUACCAAGUCUUUGACAAGACGAAUGGUCAAGGGCCGUGA